UUGCCAAUUCUGUUGGUCUCCUGAGGAGCAACAGCGUUCUUCUGAUUGGCCACUGCACUUUCCGUCUCCGUUCAAGGCCCGCCUCUUGCCUCUGAGCUUCAGCCAAAAGGCAAAGAGCAAAAUGACUUAGCAGCUUGGUCUCACCCAGAAGAAGGGAGUGGCGGCUAUCCAGGGAAAGGUGCAGCAGAGGGAACAUUGUCUUUCUCAAUUUAUUCAUGUCCUUGCACAGACCAUGGCCCUGCGAGCAUGUGGCUUGAUCAUCUUCCGAAGAUGCCUCGCGCCCAAGGCGGACAACAGUGCGAUUGAGUUUCUCCUGCUGCAGGCAUCGGAUGGCAUUCAUCACUGGACUCCUCCCAAAGGCCACGUGGAACCGGGAGAGAAUGACUUGGAAACGGCCCUGAGGGAGACUCAAGAGGAAGCCGGCAUAGAAGCAGGCCAGCUGACCAUCAUUGAGGGGUUCCGAAAGGAGCUCAAUUAUGUGGCCAGGGAGAAGCCUAAAACAGUCAUUUACUGGCUGGCGGAAGUGAAGGACUACAACGUGGAGAUCCGCCUCUCCCACGAGCACCAAGCCUACCGCUGGCUGGGGCUGGACGAGGCCUGCCAUUUGGCUCAGUUCAAGGAUAUGAAGGCAGCACUCCAAGAAGGACACCAGUUUCUCUGCUCCACAGCGGCCUGACUGGCCAGAGCAGAGUCAUUGGCUUUGGUAGGGUCUUUCAGGGGCCUGCUGAAAUGCACCAUCCUCAGGUCCCAGGAAGACUGCACGGGUAUUAGGCUCAUUGCAGCAAAGAGCAGAUAAGUCGGUGAAAUCUGCUGAGGUCUCUUAAACGAGAACAAGCAAAAACCUCAGCUGGGUGGAAAGGCAAAGGAGAAGUAAACAUUUUAAGAGGCCAAGCCCAGUAAGUGUAUCCUGUACCUUAUCAAUAAAUCUCAAGCAGCUUCUCAGUCCCUCUAA